GUUGUUUAUAUUGGGAGGAAAAUAAAUAUAUUCAUGCAUACUUUUCAGAGUCAAACUCUUUGGACAAAGCUUGAACAAAAUUAAGACCUCAUCAAAUCGCCGCGGACCCCUUGUUGUCGAACACCAUACUAGAACUCGUGAUGCAACUUCUCUUUCUCACAGUAGAUAACCCACAAUCCAUUCAAUGUAAAACCAUGCCACCCCAAACAUUUUUCCUAGACAAGACCAUACACAGACCAUUGCAUAGCCUACUUACAAAUCGCCGUCGUGCAGUGAUGACGAUCUAUUGCAUUAAACCUGGUGAGACGAGACAGGACUUUAACCGUUGGGGGCGGGCUUUUCUCCACCGGUUAGAAAGAUACAAAAAACCGUAAGUUUACGUCUGUCGUCAUUUCGCGGUAUUCAGCGUGCGUGCGUUUGGAUGUAGCGCGCGCUCAAGAAGGCUUGACAAAAUUGGUCAGCAACUAGCAAGCGAAUUGUUCUAAAACGUUUGAAAACGGCUACCAUAAGCCAUUACCUCUUCGGAUCUUGCCGGGCGCUAGCAGGAAGGCAGGCAGAAAGAGGAGGAUUAGGAGGUAUAAGAUGGAGGGAUACAGCAGUAGCCAUAGGCUGUGCUCUGGCCCUCUGUCCUCCUCCGCCCAAAGGAUCCUGGCUGCUCUCAGGGCCCAGAGUCAACUCUCAGCCAGGAACUACAACAACACGACAUCUAAUGGGCACGACGGCAGACGGAGGGAAAGCCUGGAGGGGUCUCGGGGCGGCUGGAGCAGAGCUGUGGAGGAGAGGACGGAAGGCCCCUGGUCCAGGCCCCGAUCACAGUCCUCUGUGUCUGCCUGGACUCCCUCGUCCCAGAGGGAGAGAUUCUCCUCCUGGAGCUCCUCACCCCAGGCCUUCUCUUCACCCCAGAGAGAGGGCCCCCUGACCCAGCCCUUCUCCCAGGAAUCAGGCCCCUCUGUCUCCAGGGACGGAUGCACCCUGGCCCUCCACAAACCCACACAGGAGACCCACUGGAGAGAGUUUCCUGAUGAGAUGCAGCCCACCUUCACCCUCCAGUUCCCCAUGGAAGAUGAAGAAGACCCUGCCAGGCUAGCCUUCCCAGGGACAGAGCUCCUUGAGCCCCCUAGAGAGAGCCCAGUUCGGCCCUGUGAACCUGGACCCUCCAGGGCUAGCGUUAGCUUAGCAUCAGAGAGCCACGAACCAGACCCAGAGCUACAGAGAGGAGGAAGGCACGCAUUGAUGGAGGCGGCGGGGGACGGACCCUGGCGUGAACCCCAACCAUGGUUAGAAUGCACUGUAGAUCAGGAGAACCAGAGGGAGCGGACUUCUGGAUCCAACCCCAGAGAGGAGGCGUCUGUCGGGGAGGAGGGUUCUGGGAAUGGUGGGUCCUCUGGAGGCGUUGCCAAGCGGCACAAGUUCGGAAGCCUACUGCUCCCUCAUAUGGGUCACCUGACAAGAAUGGAGGCAGGCUGUGAUAGACAUGGCCGUGGACCAAUGAGAGGACAAGAAGGAGAGUUUGGGGCGGGGAGGAGGGAUCUGAUCAGAGAACCCAAUGAAGAGGCAGGACAAGAGAGGGAGAGGUUUCCUGAAUCAGAUCUGGACAAGGUGACAGACCAAUCACAGAUCUUCAAGUCAGGACAAAUACCUAACGAGGACUUUGGAAACUCAACUAACAACAGCCUUAACAACAACGACAACAACAACACUAGUUUGACAGAGGACACAGUGACUCACAAACCCAGCCUCAACAGUGACAGACCACAAGCUGUAGUUACAAAGAGCCGCCACCAGGUGGCAGAGCAGCCCGAGGGAGAGCGUCCGUCAGAACCUGGGGAGAGGGAGAGACACCAGCACACAGAGAGACACCUGGCCCAGAGAGACCUGCUCUUCGGGGACACCACCAUUGCCCCCUUGACCUGGCUGACGGAGGAGAGGACAGGGAGGAAGGAGUUAGAGGGAACAGGGGACCCAAAGGAAGGGAGGAUCCUUGAGCUGGAGGGAGGGGAAGCCAUAGAGGGAGCGAGGAGGAGAGAGGAGCGCCAGACGGAGGGGAGGAAAGAGAGUCAGGGGAGGAAAGAGAGUCAGGGGAGGAAAGAGAGUCAGGGGAGGAAAGAGAGUCAGGGGAGGGAAGAGAGUCAGGGGAGGAAAGAGGAGAUGAGGGUGCGGGAGCAGAGGAGAGACAACACGUUGGAGACACCAGCUGCAGAGUGGAACACAGGGGACACAGUAGCACCAGCUGCACGCGCUCCAGCCACAAGGCCUCCCCAGGAGGAGAGGGGGGCACACGGAGCCCCCUCUCCUCCCAUGCCUCCCCCAGAGAGAACCACCCACGAGAACCCACAGGCCAGUGAUUGCGGCUCCACAGCGUCACUGCAGCAGGACGGGGUCAUCCCUCCGCCCCUGCUCCCCCGUCACCUGUCUUCCUACCACCUCACCCCCCAACAGCAUCCCACCCUCAUCCCCACCCUCACCCUCAAGAGGAAGCACCGUGACCCCUCGUCCAAACCCUGCGGCCCCCCUCCCAAGAUCUCCCUCCCCAGGCGGGCCCCGGUGAGGUGGGAGCCCCCUCGCCCCUCCCAGACCAGGAUUGGGGAGGGGGUGGAGGGGCAGCACGGGGGCAGAUUCCUGACCUCCACUCCCAAACACCCCGAACUCGCUCCAGCCUCGACCAGAGGCCCCCAGAGGAAGACCAAGACCCCCUGCAACACUGGGGGCCCCAAGAGAGUCCGAAUCACACCCCCCAACCCCAUAAAACGACCCCCAGCCAUGCAGAGGGGGUCAGAGGACGGGCAGGUCAUGGAGAGGGAGUGUGGGUCGACCCAAAACGGGACUAACUCCCCAAGACCCUCCAAAACCCCCAAGACUUCCAAGCUCAAGCCGGCCAAACCUGAACCGGAGAACCCCAGUGGUGACCCCAGAGCCCAGUCCAAAGUCUGCCUGACCGCUGCCCUGACCUGUGACCCCAGAGUGAAGGAUGCUGGAAAGCUGGGCCCAGAGGAGAGGGGCAGGGUUCUGGAGGAAGCGAGGCGGGCCCGGGCGUUGGUUCUGACCAUGGUGUUCCAGGAUGGGACCACUCAGCUGGACCCAGAACAGAAGUCCAGUCCCGCAGUGUGCGGGCUCCUGGUUGUAAUGAGGGCAGACCUGGAGCAGAGAGGACCGGAGGAGUGUGGAGGGCCCCAGGACAGUGUGGUGUACCUCAGGCUGGAGCACACCCCAGCCUGGGCCCAGCAGCACCAGGACCACACCCUGGACCUCUUCACCAGAGAGCUGCUGUUGCAGGUGGUAUCCGGAGCUCAGCUGGUGGUGUGUUAUAAGAGUAAGGACUUCCUCCGCACAGUGCUGCAGCACUACAGAGCACACCUCAGCUGGAAACAGGUGUGGGGGUGUCGUGUGCAGGACCCCCAGGUGUGUGCCUGGCUGUUGGACCCUGCAGACCCCGCCUCCUGCUACCAGGACCUGCUCUCCAGACACUGCAGGGUCAGAGCCCACACACACACCACCCCCGCCCUGGGGACCAGGAAGGUGUCUCUAGUAAUCUCCAGUCUGAAUCUGCUUUACAAGCUCAACACAGAGCUUCGCUCCAAGCUGAAGGCCCAGGGGCUGUGGAAACUGUACACUAACAUGGAGAUAAGCAUGAUCCCUGUCCUAGCAGCCAUGGAGAGCCACAGGAUCCAUGUGGACAAGGAAGCUUUGAAGAGGACCUCGGAAAUGCUGGGGACUAAGCUGAAGCAGUUGGAGCAGGAGGCCCACCAGGCAGCAGGUCAGAUGUUCCUGGUGUCCAGCUGCACCCAGCUAAGAACGGUCCUGUUUGACAAGCUGCGUCUGCAUGAACGCUGUGACAACAAGAAGCUCCCCAAGACACUGCUCACACAACAGCAGUCAACAUCAGAGGCAGCGCUGUUGCUGCUCCAGGACCUGCACCCCUUGCCUAAGAUUAUCCUGGAGUACAGACAGAUUCACAAGGUCAAGUCCACGUUUGUGGACGGGAUCCUGUCUUGCAUGGUGAACAAGAACUUGAUCUCCUCGACAUGGCACCAGACUAGCGCUGUGACUGGUAGAAUCACUGCUAAAAACCCAAACUUCCAGGCGCUCCCUAGACAGCCAAUCCAAAUCACCAAGAAGCAGUAUAUCCAAGGGAAAGAGGCGGAGGUUGUGGCGGUCCAUCCACGAGCCAUGUUCAUCCCUCAGGAUGGCUGGACUUUCCUGGCCGCCGACUUCUGCCAGGUAGAGUUGCGUCUGCUGGCCCACCUCUCCUCUGACCCGGAGCUGCUGAGGAUCUUCAGCGACGCCCAGGCCGAUGUGUUCUCCAUGCUGGCCUCGCAGUGGAAAGGUGUCGGGGAGAAGAACGUGAGUUCAGAGGAGAGAGAACAUGCCAAGAGGAUUGUGUACUCUGUUGUGUAUGGAGCAGGGCGCGAGCGUCUGUCUGGGAUCCUGGGGGUGAGUGCAGAGCAGGCCAGCCUCUUCCAGGACAGCUUCCUGCAGACCUACAAAGAGGUGCAGGCCUUCAUCCAGAGAACCAUUCAGCAGUGCCACAAACAAGGUUACGUUGUGUCCAUCAUGGGUCGGCGGCGAUCCCUCCCCCUCAUACACUCCUCCGACUGGGGGGUCCGCAUGCAGGCCGAGAGACAGGCCGUCAACUUUGUAGUCCAAGGCUCAGCAGCAGACCUGUGUAAGAUGGCCAUGAUCAGAAUCUUCUCCCAGAUCUCCUCCAGCUCUCUCUCUGCCAGACUGCUGGCUCAGAUCCAUGAUGAGCUGCUGUAUGAGGUGCAGGACUCCCAGGUUGAGGAGGUGGCAGCUCUGGUGAAGACCACCAUGGAGUCCCUGCAACAUAUAGAAUGUCUUGGAGUUCAUCUCAAAGUCCCCCUGAAGGUGCUGCUCUCCAGAGGGAAGUCCUGGGGGUCCAUGUCUGAGCUCAACCUUCCCCCUACAUCCCCCUCUCCCUCCCUCUAGAGCUCUCUCUUCACCUCCACCA